AUGUCCCAGAUAUCAGUUCGUGUACAAACCUAUCUGGUUUUGGGUGUUAUAAUAGCAUGCUUCUCAAUACUGUAUCCCAAAAUCUUCCAUCCGAUGCUUCUUCAUCUACUGGGUUUUACAAAAAAUAGGCACACAGAAGAGCAUACCAGAUUUGAAAACCUCCGGUUAAAUGGUCAUCACGCACAAAAACCUAUCAGAGCUUCAGAAGGGAUUGUUCAACAGGAUCAAGGGAAAAGAGGUGGAAUUAUGUCGAUCGUUUUGCCUGUCUAUGCUGUUGGUAUAGUGUUAUAUUUGUUUUACACACUUUCAAAGAUCUUUUCGUCAAAACGCCGGAAAAAUACUGAUAAAAAAGAGGAGUUUCUACGACAAUACUAUCGUGAUUUCCAUUAUGAUGUUGAUCGGGGUAAAUUUCGCAUGGGUCAUGACUCGUCCGAUGAUGACGAUGACGCCGCUGAAAUAGACACAUUUGGAAAUCCAAAUUUAAAUUUUCUUAGUUCUAGAAAAUCAUCUGGAGAUUCAAACCGCAAACCAUUUGAAUGGGGUUCCAUUUUCAAGGGUUCUUACCCAGAUAUUUAUCGCUCGGCUAAAAGUUUACCCAAAGAUUUGGGAAAAUUGCUUAUGAGGAUGGAACGCCAAGAUUUGGAUACGGAAGAGUUGUCGCGUCUUCGUGUUAGACUCGAGCAAACUGAACAUGAAAUGACUCGCAUACUACAAGCAAUGCAAUCUGCAGAAGAUGCUCUACGUGGUUCAAUUGAAGAACAAGAGAUAGAUGAAGGAAUUUUCACUACCAUAUCUGACAGGGAACCGUCUGGAGUAAAUUUGAAUGAAUAUGAAGAUACGGCAAGUGAAGUGCUAGACAAAGAAAUCCUUGAGGAAAAUGAAUCAGAACGCCAUCUUAAUAUCUCACAGUCAAAGGAGAAUUUAGAAAUACCCUAUGAAGAGGUGACGACAUUUGACGACCGUAACAAAGGUGAUGUAACUGAAUCAUGUAUUCGCCGUCGUUUGGUUACAUCUAAUUGA